AUGUUUUUAACACUACAGAAAUGUUAUCAACCAAUUAUUGUGUCCGUACGAAAAUCUCAUCAAUACCUUAUUACCAUUGAAUCUAAGGGAACUAGAGAGAUUGUUUUAAACCACGAGAAAACAAAAAACUCCCUGUCAUUGAAUAUGAUGAACCACCUUUUAGAAGCCAUAAAUGCAAAUAAGGAAGACAUAUCCUUACGAGCUAUUGUAUUAUCAGCAAAGGGUAAUGUCUUUUCUGCAGGACAUAAUUUAAAAGAAUUACAAAGUGAUAAUGGAGUAGAUCAUCAUAGACUAAUUUUUAAAAAAGCUACUGAACUCAUGCAGUCAAUAAUUCAAAGUCCAGUUCCAGUUAUUGCUAAGGUUAAUGGUUUUGCCGCCGCUGCUGGAUGCCAAUUAGCAGCUUCAUGUGAUAUGAUUGUAUGUUCAAAUAUAAGUAAAUUUUCUACACCUGGGGCCAAUUUUGGAAUAUUUUGCUCUACACCAGGUAUAACUAUUGGAAGAUCAAUGCCUAAAUCUAGAGCAAUGUACAUGUUAUUGACAGGUCAACCUAUUUCUGCCCAAGAAGCUUAUGAAAGCGGGCUUGUCACAAAAGUAGUACCAGUUGAGAAACUUGAUGAAGAAGUUUCAAAGAUAAUUGAACAAAUAAAACAGAAAAGUCGCUCAGUGAUCUCUUUGGGAAAACAUUUUUUUUAUAAACAAAUUCAAUUAGGUCUCUUCGACGCAUAUAAUUUAGGCGAAGAAAUAAUGGUGAACAAUAUUAACAUGGAUGAUGGACAAGAGGGUAUUAGGAGUUUUGUUGAGAAAACAAAAGCUCAAUGGAGCCAUGAA